AUCAUUAUCUUCCACUCUCAUCACCAUCAUCCACCACCAUUCAUUCAUCCAUCCAUCCCUCUCCAUUCUCUCCUUGUCGGCAGUCCAAGGAAGGAGAAAACACAGUAGCAAUACUCCAUGAAAAUAUGCUACGGAAGAAGAAGAAGGAGCAAGAAAACCAUUCAAGUGUCCAAAAUCCUAAGCAUAAGACAAUCAGUCCACUUGAACAUCCGGAAGGUAUUGCAAAGAAAGUUCGGCGUUGGAAUGUUGAAGUUAGUGAGUUAAUCGUCGGAAUCAUGUUCAUUGACAUACCCGAAAUUCUGGACAGCAACUUUCUAUUGACUUCAGGUCCGAUUUACGCUAUCUUACAUAUGUUAAACCGAAAUACUUUCUAUACGAAAGUUAUAGCCUUACAUCUUAGGAAUCCACAGAAUCAAACGGUUUACAAUUUCGUGAAGAAACGAUGGAGAUAUGCCCAAAAUACCGCAGGAUGUCCAGUUGUGACGGAAAUGACAAAGUUGGCGAAUUUUGAUGUUGUUUCCACUCCCGCUCGUCCGUAAGGUUUCGGCCUAUGAUGUCCAGGUCUGUACCCUUGCGUUAGACUUGUCGAAUCAUUCAUUACAUACGUACAUGAACAUAUAUAUUAAUCCAUAUGUUGAAACCAUCCCAAAAUAUAUAUGUGAUGCAUAUAUAAGUCAUCUAUAUGUUGAGAUCAAAAUACACCAAAUCCAUAAAGUUAAUAUACACAUAAGUAAAUAUAAACUUUGGAAAUCAACCCAACAAUAUGUAUAGAUUAAUAAAAGGUGUUUAAAAGACUUAAAGAAGUAUUUUGGACACUCAAAAUAUCAAGAGAAAGAUUCGCAGACCCAAACGGUUGACACAAAUGGUCGACCGUCAUAUUAAACUUCGAAACGGACCACUACUGUCAGCAAAACGGUUGACCGCCGUCGGCGAACGGUCGACCGUCGCCAGCCCAGCAGAACGCCGCCGUUCCAACAAGUCAACAAUGGUCGACUGCCGGUCAACCACGGUCGACCGUCACGGUGAUCCAGAAAUCCGACGAGUUGAAAUAUAGCACGGUCGACUGCCGUGCUAAACGGUCCACCGU